AUGCAGCCUCCACAGAAAAGCCCAAGCCUCAGACCUUUCAAGCAGAGGAAAAGUUUAGCAACCAGAAGAGAGGAAGUGGCAGGAAUCCGGGCAAAGUUUCCAAGCAAGAUCCCGGUAAUAGUGGAGCGCUGCCCCCGUGAGAAGCUCCUGCCUCCACUGGACAAAACCAAGUUCCUGGUCCCGCAGGAGCUGACCAUGACCCAGUUCCUCAGCCUCCUUCGGAGCCGCAUGGUGCUGAGGACCACUGAAGCCUUUUACUUGUUGGUGAAUAAUAAGAGCCUGGCCAGCAUGAGUGUGACCAUGGCAGAAGUCUACAGAGACUACAAGGAUGAGGAUGGCUUUGUAUACAUGACCUAUGCCUCACAGGAGAUGUUUGGCUGCUGGGGGAAGGCAGCCCCCAGAGAUGGGAGCAACCUUGGGGACAGAUCCUACAGCCCUCUCUAG